UGAAAAAUAAAAAGAAAAUGGAUCCGAUUCAGAUCAAAGGGUCGUUUGUUUGGUUGCCGAAAAAGCGGUGGUAAUGGAAUCCUACUUAUUCAUAUCUGAUUAGCUCCGAUCCCUUUUCUCUGAAUCACUUAUUAGAAAUUGAAUCCUACAAAGGGAAGGGUUGUGAGGUUGCAAUUUAAGGCCAUGAAACCCAGGAAACCCGCCCACCAAGCUGGAAAUAUUAAGCAGUAUUGGGUAAACUUCAUAGAUGUAAAGCAAGAUGAGAUCACUCGUAUUUCAGGUUUAAAGGGUGACUUGCAUAAGUUUAUAAACGACGGUGACGCAACAGUAUUUAAGACCAUUGGCUUCAUUGCUCAAGUCGGGGACUCCCUUAAGCAGAUCAAUAACGAACUGGAGAAGAUCAUAGAAGAUAAGGUGGUCUUGGAGAAGAUUCUUAGAGAAGAUAAGGCGGUCUUCGAGAAGGUAUACAAUUCAUGUUUUGAACCCUUCUUCGAGAAGAUCCUUGGAGAAGAUAAGGCUGUCUUGGAGAAGACCCUUGGAGAAGAUAAGGCUGUCUUGGAGAAGAUCCUUACAGAAAAUGAGGCUGUCUUGGAUGAACCCCAGACCUCUGCUCAACCUGCUCAACCUCAAUCUCAGUUUGCUCAAUAUGUAAAGGAGAUGGCUCCUUUGGAGAAGCAAUUUGAAAAAAAGGCUACUUGUGUCAACAAGCUCAUGCUGCAACUAUUUGAGAUUGAGGAGUAUAGGGUUGAUCACUCUCAUAAAAUGGUAAAGGUGAUUCAAUCCAUUUCUAAAGUAAUAAAUGUCCUCUGUGAAGCUCGGGAUGCCCUCAAUAAAUACACUUAGGCUUAAGGCUGGGUAAGGAUAUGCAAAAAGAAAAUAAUGAGAAUUUACUAAAAAUUGUUGACAAUUUUUAUGUGUUUGCUUCAUUGAAGUGCAUCAGAGUCGGAUUUUAGGCUGUGCAAGCUGGGCUAUCGCACAGGGCCCCCAAAUUUUAGAGGGCCC